AUGAGUGCGGCGAACUAUCCUGAUCCCUCCCUUCCCCGCCCUUCUCAGAGUGAUGACUUCGACUUGAUCGUCCGCCAGCACCCUAAUCGGGCGCGCGUGGCCGGCGGGAAGGAGAAAGAGCGCAAGCCGGUUGAUCCACCACCGAUUGUGCAAAUUAGGGUGAGGGAAGAAGGGACUUAUCUAGCUCAACAUUAUCUGCAGAGUCCUUAUUUUUUUAUGAGCUGCAGUCUCUACGAUGCUCAAGAUGACCCCCCAUCUCCCAUUUCGCCGUCUACUGCAUUGACCGGAACUUUGGUUUCGUCGUUGCAUCGGCUGAAGGAUGUAGACAACACAGAUGGUGGUUUCUUUGUAUGGGGCGACCUGUCUAUUAAGAUCGAGGGAGAAUUUCGGUUGAAAUUCACACUAUUCGAAAUGCGAAAGACGGAAGUUGUGUGUUUGAAGUCCAUUCUCUCAGAUCGGUUUACUGUCUCGCCGCCGAAAAGUUUCCCGGGGAUGGCUGAAUCAACCUUCCUUUCCAGGUCUUUUGCGGAUCAGGGGGUGAAACUUCGGAUUCGAAAGGAACCCAGGACACUAAUAAAGAGAUCAGCACCACGACCAGAAGAGUUCCCUCAAGCUCUUCCCCCGCGUUCUCCUACGGAACGUUCAUCCAUGCAGAUUCCUGGAAGCACAUAUCCGGCGCCCACUUACCAGACCGCAAAUAGAGAAUACCCGUACUAUGCGCCUGUAAAGCGUCAGAGAACAUCUGUCGAUUAUGGCAGAGGCAUGUAUGAUACGGAUGGACGGAUGCGCCAGAUGGAAGCAUACCCCCAGACGGCGGCCUUGUAUGGGCAAUCCGGGGGAUAUCCAAACCCCAUGAUGGGAUACCCCUCGGGACACCCUGGAGUUGACUACACGAUGCCGUAUGGGAUUCCGCCGUCUACCCAGGUACCCCAGAUGCAAGAUCCUGCCGCCCAAAGUCGUUCGAGUCAGCAGGCCACAAUGCAGUCGCUCGGGAUGGUGAACCAGCCCGGUACACCUACUCCAGAUUCGGCUCGAGCGAUGAUGCAACAGGGUUAUCCCCGGCCGCAGUACUCAGCUAGUUCUGCAGUGCUCCCACCCUUGCAACAGAGCCGCAAUUAUCCCCAAGGCACGAACGGAACAGCAGCGCGAGGUUAUUUUGAGCAGUCACCGCAAGCAACGCCAAUACUUCCUUCACAGCCACUUGCAGGGAGUGAAGCUGAUCGAUAUGGCGUCGCGCCAGGCCACACCGGGUUCGAACACCCAGGUUCCGCAAACGGAACUCCUCGGUGA